GGGGGUUUCCCCAAAUUUGUAGAAUCCUGUUCCGGCGGAGUAGGGAACCGGAUGGUCGGGUCGGACGAACAACGUGCAACGAACCGUUAUUGAUUUUGUGUCUACGCUUGACUAACGAAUGUGUGUGAUUGGUAGAUCACAAUGGUAGAUGUUUUCUCCCUGGUUAUUGGUUCGGUUGUCGUCGUGUGCGUCAUCCAACUACUUCGACUGAUCGUCGCAGACUGUGACCUAGUGCUGCAGUGGGCCACGAAAUUUGGAAAAUCUCCAAAAUGUCUGAAAGGUAAAGUGGUCUGGGUGACUGGGGCCUCGAGUGGUAUCGGGGAGUCCCUUGUUUACGAGCUGGCAUCUGCCGGAUGUCGUCUGGUGCUGUCUGCCCGUCGAGAAGAGGAGCUGCACCGAGUCAAGAAGCAAUGUCUCACAUGUGGGCCGCUCAAAGACAAAGACAUCAUGGUGGUGCCGUUAGACAUGGUCAAACAAUACGAACAUGCAUAUGCCGUCAAGAAAGUUCUCAAGCAUUUUAAACAGAUAGACAUUCUUGUGAACAACGCCGGUAGGUCACAGCGGGCUGACUGGGUGAAUACAUCCAUCGAUGUUGAUCGUGAGAUGCUGGAGACCAACGUCCUAGGAACCUUAUCGCUGACUAAAGCUGUCCUUCCAGACAUGAUAGCUCGGAGAGACGGGCACAUCGUGGUCAUGAGUAGUGUUGCUGGGAAAGUGGGAGCGCCAUUGUCCGGAUCAUACACUGGGUCUAAACAUGCACUCCAGGGCUGGUUCGAGUGUUUGCGGAUUGAACAAUAUUCCAACAACAUCAAGGUGACGAUGGUUUGUCCUGGACCUGUCUUCUCCAGCUUGCUGUCUAUUGCCAUGACGGAGGAGAAAGGAAAGGUGGUGGGAGGGGAGAUGAUACCAGGGGAAAAGAGGAUGGCAACAUCCCGGUGUGCCAGUCUGACAGCUGUCGCCAUCGCCAACCAGCUGGAUGAGGUGUGGAUCUCGGAGCACCCAGUACUGGUCUUUACCUAUAUGUUCCAGUACCUUCCUUCCUUUGCAAGAAGACAGGCCUGUAAGAUAGGUCUUGCCCAGUUGAAGAAGAUGAGAGAGGGUCAGUAGGGAUGAGCCCAUAGCUACCAUCACUGACCAGCACUUACCAGUACUGACCAGCCCUGACCAGCACAAUACAAGACAUUUCACAGCUCACGCUUCACUGAACACACAAUCCCAAAGUGAAAUAUCCCAGAUUAACAAACUUCUUGGUUGCUGAAUGUUAAUGAGGCAAUGUCCUGAUGUAUACCUGGUAGCUAGGUUUCUGAACCAAAUGUAGGAUGGUGUGAUAUGAUUUUGCCUUUCUGUUCACAUAUAUUUGAACUGGAUGUGUGUACUAUAUUUUCCUGCAUAAUUGUCCUUGUUCAAUCAAGUAGUAACAUGCAUUAUUACCUUCAUUUUCCAAAUAUAAUGCUUCCUAAACGAAUCUGAAUCUUGGUGGGGUCUGAGGCUGGCAUCUGAUUUUUUUUUGUCUUCACAAGAUAAUGAUUAUGUGAUUGUAUACCAUGGUUUUAUGCAUGUUUAUGUGUUUAUUUUCAAAUUUGUCUUGUUAAAUAUCAAGAGCAUUUUUCCCUGUUUCCAGUCACAUUGACAUCUGUUUUGAGUUGGAAGAGAAUUUAUGGAUGUCAACAUAUACUCUGAAACAUUGUGUUCCUCCUAAUAAAGAAGUUGACAUCCAUGAAUUCUCUUAUUUAUGAGUAUCACUUCUAAAUGCCUAUCAAAGACUCGUUUUGAGUUGCUUCCAAAAGACUGGAUCCAAGAGUGUAAAAAUAUAUUGAAUAACCUAAAAAACAAUCAGUACCCCCAAACAUUAUCUGGAGCCCUGACAAGUGUUUUAUGGUUCAAGUAACUAGCCAAUGGCAGAUCUUUUUUAUGGGUGAUUAUUCUCUCCUUCCUACGUCAACGGGGGCACGGGUGGCCCAGUCGUCUAAGGCGCCGCGAUUCGCUGUGCAGAGUUGCGUCCCUUGGGCGCGCCAGAAACCUAUGAUUGUGGGUUCGAAUCCCGGUUCGGCCCGAUUAUGUUUCUA